AUGGAAACCCUAUCUGCCGACGAUCCUAUCGCCGGAGAGUCUCCACCUAUACCACCAGCCCAACUCCCAGACUCUUCCCGACUAUCUCAGUCUCAAUCCGAUCCACCACCCUCCGAUUGUAGGACAUCUCUCGAGGGGGAUGGGCAUGGCGACUCCUCCGAGGUACUAUAUCCAACCCCAGUAGACAUCUCCGGAUCCGAACCUAAACCCGAGGUGGAUGUACAUUCCGUCGACCAAGUUACGGUACUAGGGUUUGCUGCAGCCGGAUCGCCGGGUGCUUCCCCUUUCUCCAUCGGCGAUUUCGUGUGGGUGAAGACCAGGAGUCAUCCCUGGUGGCCGGCGCUGGUUUUCGAUCCUUCUGAUGCUCCUGAAGUCGCCACGAAAGCUUACAGGAGUGGUGGUUCGGCCAUCCUCGUCUUCUUCUUUGGUAGCGACACCUUUUCCUGGUGCGAACCGGCUCACCUUAAGCCAUUUUCUCAUGAUUUCCAUCGCAUGCUUAAGCAGAGCAAGUCUGGUAGCUUCGUAGGAUCCGUCGUGGUUGCCCUGGAUGAGAUUGGGCGGCGCCUUCAGUCAGAGCUGACUUGCCUUUGUAUUCCGCAGGAGAACCUACCCAAGUAUGCUGCAAGUCCUCUCACUGGACUUCCUGUUAAAAAUCUCCGCCCGUCGGAGUUCCUUGAGCAUCUUUGUAAGGUGGCUUGUGAUGUUACCGCGGCUGAUGUGCUCCAAGUUCUAGCUCUUAAGAGUUGGGUGAUUGCUUUUGGAAAGGGGUGGACUGAUUGUUCGCCUGGGUACCAUCAUCGUCGCACAACAAUGGAGUUGGUGGACAAGAUCGACCUUGAUGUACCACCUGGGGACUUGGGUGAUGGAAAUGGAGAGGGAGAUGAUGAGUGUUGGAUCAGUGGAACUGGUAUUCAAAAAAGCACUAAGAAAUCUGAGGAAAAUUCACAUAAGAGCCAGAAGAGAAGGAGCAUAGCAGCGCUCAUUGCUGGAAUGGAUUUGGAUACUGUUGAAUGUCGUGUUGAAGCCAAUGAAGAAACCUCCAACACCAAAGAAGAAACCUUCUCAAAUAGACGGGAGAGAAAAAAGAGCAAGUACCUUUCACCUCCUUACACUUGUUUGGCUUCACAUACCAAGUCUUUGGACUCACCAGUUGCUGAGGUGAAAUCACAAAGGAAGGCUGUUGACACCUCCACCACUAGACACUCUGCAACCUUGUCGUUUUGUAACUAUGGGCAGGAAGAGGAUACUGGUAAGCCUGAACUCAGUAUGGAAGGCAUAUUAAUUAAAGACAUAUUCUCAGAGUUCCUCUCCACGGUUAUCAAUCCACUACAUUUUAAGAAGAAACCAUCAGCUGAGUUGAUGAUCAAAAGCUUCUUCAUGAAAUACAGAAGUUUGAUGUAUUCUAGUGGAUCUGGCUUCCUAAGUUACCAGAAGCAUCAGAGUGAAACCUGUGAUGAUGACAUUGGAUCUCCCAAACAGGCCAUUGUCAAUGAUUGCUCUGCAGUUGGAAAACUUGCAGGGAAACAGAAGAAGGGGAAGAAUGCUGCUAAAUUAGAGAUAGAAACAGGGUCGAAUCCAAAGCAGUUAACUUUCAAUGAUAACUCUGAAGUUGAAAAGUCCAAAGGGAAACAAAAAAAGAGAAAGGAUAUGCCUAUAUCAGUGGUAGAAACAGUUUCAAGUGCAAAACAUGAAACUAUCAAUGAUAUCUCUGAAGCCCAAAAGUCCACUGGUAAACAGAAAAAGAGAAAGGAUGCUGAUAAUUCUGAGAUGGAACUAGAUUCUAGUUCAAAACAGGGUACUGUCAAUGAUAGCACUGAAGCCCAAAAUUCUACAGGGAAAAAGAAAGAGAGGAAAGAGGCACAGGCUGGUUUAAGUUCAAAUGAGGUAACCUUCAAUGAUAGCUCUGAAGUGCAGAAAUCUGCUGUUAAAUCGAAAAAGAGAAAGAAUGCUAGUCCAGAGGUCGGGAUAGGUUUUAUCCCUGAAUCAAUUAGUCAUUCUGAACAUGGCAAAGCUGGGCUGAAUAAAAGGAUCCAAAUGGAUGAAACUAACAUUGUAGUGUCUGCCAAUGUGGAUACUCAAGUUAUAAAUGUUAUAGAAGAUGUGCAUGAAAACAUAAAUAGCAAAGAUGGAGCUACUGAAGAGAGUGUGGUUCUGUUCCCUAAUAAUGUUGAUUCUUUGCAACCAACUGAUGUUGGAAAAAGGAUGAACAAAGGCAAGACGGUGCACAAAGGAAAAAAAACUGAAGAGUCUGCCCUUAAUGUUUCAGAGGGUUGUCAAGAAAGCAAAUCUGGUAGGAAGAAGAAGAAGAGCAAACUUGCCAAUCCUGUAUCUAUAGUUAAUUGUAAGGACAUUGCCCAUGGGUUGGAGACAAACAAUGCUGUGCUGCAGAGGAAGGAUGGUGAAUAUUUUUGCAGUUACCCUGGAGCUCUUCUCUUAACUUUUUCCCCAGGAGUUUCUCUGCCCUCCCAAAAUGAACUUGUUUCCGCAUUCUGCAAGUUUGGUGUUGUAAUAGAAUCAGAAACAGAGUUACUGAAAGAAACUAACAGUGCUCGAAUUGUGUUUGCCAAAAGCACUGAUGCAGAGAAAGCCUUCAAUAGCUCAGACAAGAAUGGUGUCUUUGCACCACCUUAUACUAGUUAUCGUCUUCAUUAUCUUCCUCCAAUUGUAUGUUCUCAUCCAAUCCCUCCACUUCUAAAUGCAUGUUCUCCGCAACCAAUGCCUCCACUUCCAAAUGCAUGUUCUCCGCAUCCGAUGCCUCCACUUCUAAAUGCAUGUUCUUCUCAUCCGAUCCCUCCACUUCCUUACAUAAGAGAUAGUCUAGAAAGGAUGAUAUCUACACUGAUUUGUUCGUCAGAGAAGGAGACUGGGCCAUCAGAUAUGAUGAAGCCUGAUGCAAGGGAAAAUCUUGUGGGUGACAUGGAGGGUCUCCUGAAGAAAGUUAAAACUUUGAUAGAUGGGGCUGCUUCUGCUUUGUUCCAGUUUAGUCUAGAUUGUGCACGACCCAAUCCUUUUGCUCAGUCAGCUGGAAACUGGACAUGCAUGCUAGAUUCUGAUGGCAGUCAACAGAUGCUAGAUUCUGCUAUGUUACACUUCAUAUGGGCCGAGAUAAUUGAUUUGUUCAUUGUUAUCAAUCUUCUUUUCAUUCCGAGCAUGUCCGACACCGUGCUGACCGGCUAUCGCCAGUCGAUCGACAAUAUCGACGCCGCACUCGUCUUCAUGCUGGCCGAACGGUUCAAGGUCACCCAGGCGGUCGGCGAAUAUAAGGCGAAGAACGGCCUGCCCCCGUCGGUCGGGCGGCACGUCCCUCCGUUCGGUCAUUAUGUACUGUCUCAUUGA